AUGAACUUCCCCAUCGCCUCAUCUCUAAUGCUGUGUUUCUACCAGGGUUUGAAAUAGGGACAGAAUUAGUAGCAGUUUCAUUGGUCUGUAGCAGCUGGGACGUGUUAAUUGCAGUUUCAUUCAAUAAAACGAAUGAAGUGGUUAGAGCUGUUUGUUGGAUCUAAAAUGCAUGCAGCCAAACCCUGAUCCACCCAUGAAAACUCUCUGCUGGUGUGAUUAUGAAGAUGAAUUUUGGUGGAAAUAGGAAUGAAGCAGGAGAAAAUUACAACUUGCAGGCAAGAGAUCAAACAAACCCCAGGACCUAGCUCAGAGAUUCAGACCUCUCAGAUCCAGUGCUGAGUGGGACUUUUUGUGUGUUUUCUCUGUGGAAAGAAGCCAAAGUGGGGUUGAGGAGAGAAUUUUUUUUCUGACUAGAAACAAAAACUGAGGAUUUUCUCGCCUACUAUAGGAUUGAGAUAAUUACUGACCACAUAUUUCUACUGUGACAACACAAGCAGAUCCAUAAAUUGCAUCUUAAUUACUACCAAAACUCACUACCAGUUGGGAAGGGAUGCAGGUUAUUUCAAACCCUGAUUUCUGUUCAUGUGCAAUGUUCCACAUCUUAAAAGCUUCAUUUCAUUGGUUUGUGUGGCAGCUCUUUAAAGGGAUGGAAAACCCCCUUCAUGGUAGAUGUUACAAGAUUGAUACAGCUUUUUCUACCCAUGUCUGGGAUCUUUGUGGGGGUGGGGGGCCUUCCUCUGUUCUUUGGAGAGAAAAAAAGUUCUAGAUAGUCAGAAUGGUCCUGCGAAUAAUGAAGUAUAUGCAGUGGUUUCCUGAUGUGAGCUAAAAUGUGAAAGAGGGUGAGCUGGUAGAAUUGGAGGCAAUUGUUUGGAGCUCGAUUGUAUCACAGUCCUAUUGCUGAAAAGUUUGCUUUUCAUCUCUCCUUGCUUGCUUGCGUUUUAAAAAUACAUUAACAAAAAUCCUGGAUUUAUAUUAUCAUUUUAUUUCAAUUUAAGCAUAUCAUGCUAAUUACUUUUUGCUGCUUUGUAGCUGAUGUAUGCAUGCUUGCAUCUUUUUCACUAUAUUGUAAUGCAUACUGUUCACUUUUCUUUAAUGAAAGUGGUUUUUAUAUGGCAGGAAGAGUGGGUGGAAGAGACUGAGUAGUAGGACUAUCAGAUGACUUAAUGAAGCCAGGAUAUCCUAUCUGGGAGCUUGACAGCUGAUACAUACCUAGGGUUGCUGAUGUGUGUGUCAUUGUAUAAGCCACUAAUGCAUUUCAACAUAUAGAAAUCGGAGCUUUUUCCUUUAAGGGACCGUAUUAUUUUAGAUAAUUUCAUAAAUUCUGAAAGUUUUUUACUGAUGAUAAUUCAGUCACGGAUUGUUUCUGUUGCACUGUAAUUAGUUGAAAGGUGGGGGAUAGAAGUGUCAAAAAUGAGAGAUCUGGAGAUAGAAGUCAGAGGUGAUGGUCAUUUGCCUUUGAAAGUUCUUGAAGUUUCCAUGAUAACUGAAAUUGGAGUUCAGUGAUUGCCCUAUUAUGCUCUUUCGUCACUUCUAUGAAAUGUGUUAAGUGCAGUGAAGAAAUAAUCCUGUUGUCAAUUGCCUCCCACUCCAAGUUUAAGACCUAAAGAUGUGGCUUUUAUUGAGCUCUUCGACUGACAUAUUAUUUUGGUGCAGAUGGCUCUCUUCCUUGCUAGAUAAGCAUAACUGAAUGGAGUUUUCUGUUGCCUUCCUUUCUCCCCCAGGCCUCUUCCCAAAGAAUAUUUGUAAGGGCUCUCAUGUCUGAUCUAGAAACCUUCACCAUUCCAAGACUUGUUGGUCCACUUCAUCCACUCCUCCUUUCUGAGCCAUACUUUGUGCUGUUACAAGCACAACUUCCCUUUAUGAUCACAAGAAGAUGCUCCAAGAACAAUUCAUGCCAUAGCCAUCUGGAAAUUAAGAUGCUAUGAGAACAUAAUUUCUUGAACCCCACCUGCCAAGGUCCAGGGUCAGCCAUUAAUGGUACAAGUAAGCGGAGGUCAGCUGAUCACAUCAACUGGCCAGCCAAUCAUGGUGCAAGCUGUGCCUGGGGGUCAGGGUCAGACCAUCAUGCAAGUCCCAGUUUCUGGAUCGCAAGGAUUGCAGCAGAUUCAGUUGGUCCAGCCAGGCCAGAUUCAGAUUCAAGGUGGGCAGGCUGUGCAGGUACAAGGUCAACAGGGCCAGACCCAGCAGAUCAUUAUUCAGCAGCCACAGACUGCGGUUACUGCUGGCCAGACACAGACCCAGCAGCAGAUAGCAGUUCAAGGGCAGCAGGUGGCACAGACAGCAGAAGGCCAGACCAUUGUCUAUCAGCCUGUUAAUGCUGAUGGAACCAUUCUUCAACAAGUUACAGUCCCUGUUACAGGCAUGAUCACCAUCCCAGCAGCCAGUUUGGCAGGAGCACAAAUUGUCCAGGCAGGAGCCAACACCAAUACAACUAGCAGUGGGCAAGGGACUGUAACUGUGACGCUACCAGUUGCUGGAAAUGUGGUCAAUUCAGGUGGAAUGGUUAUGAUGGUACCAGGGGCUGGAUCAGUACCAGCUAUUCAGAGGAUUCCAUUGCCAGGGGCAGAGAUGCUUGAAGAGGAGCCCCUCUAUGUAAAUGCCAAGCAGUACCACCGAAUCCUGAAGAGGAGGCAGGCACGAGCCAAGCUGGAAGCUGAGGGGAAAAUCCCCAAAGAGAGGAGGAAAUACUUGCAUGAGUCUAGACAUCGUCAUGCCAUGGCUAGGAAACGGGGAGAAGGUGGGCGUUUUUUCUCACCGAAGGAAAAGGAUAUGCAGGAUCCAACUCAGGCAAAUGAAGACGCAAUGACACAGAUGAUCAGAGUAUCCUAACCACUGUCUGAAGGAAAAAGUAACUGAACAAGUUUCCUGUCCCUCUGCAAGCGUGUCCUAUCUUACCAAUGUAUCAAGCAAACCUUCCAAUGGGACAAUGGACAAUCACCAUAUCUUAGCCUACCCUUUUCUAUACAACAAAAACCACCUUUCCAGUAAGUGGUUUGUUUGAGAUUUUAACUGCAGUGGACUCAGCAAAUAGAAAUUGUAGGGACCUUCUUGGUAUACCCGUGUAAUUCAAUGCAGGGGUUUGAAAGUCUGACAACUCAUGCCUUUUACAUUUCUUGAAUUAAGGUUGGCCAACUGACACAGUGAUUAGCAAUAACUCUGGCAUGCUGAAGCAGGGAGCCAUGGCCCUUCUGCGGAGGAGUAAUCCAGUUUGUAGCAACCAGAGCUAACAUGGCUACACCACAGUGCUUUGUUUUCCCAGUGGAGUUUUGUUGUUUAUAGCCAGUCCUCACAGCUUUGGACUUCAUUUAUUGACAGCUGAACUGUUCAUUUGUAGUUGCAUUUGCCCUUCUGGAACUGUGUAAGAGAACAGAAAGAGGUUCUCUAAGCUCCAUCCUGUAAAAGUAAACAGCAAGUUCGUUCUGGGAAAAGUUCAACCAUCUUGUCAAGUUGUUGUGAAUAUUGCAAGACCUUUACAAGAAUUGAAAUAUUGUAUAUCUGUUCCAAGGAGUAAGAUGGGAGUGGCUCAUUGACACAGAGCUAAGUAGGGAAAACAACCUUGGCGCUGGUGGCAUGUUGCUAGCAAUGGAUGCAUUGAAAGGUGAAAUCCAGCUUCUGGGAUAAAAAUGAUAAAAAAGUUUGAGAUUCUCUUCUAAAAGAAGUUCAGUGUCUGUUUUUACUCUGCCAGUGCAGAACUUGGUUGCUCCAAAAGAGAUGAAAUCUGGAACCUCAGAAUGGAGGGAUUGACUAUCUCCCAGUGUGGCUGUCUGAGUGUGUUUUAAAUUGCAGAUGGUUCUGUACAGAGCUUUGACCUUAUUCAGGGUGAAGGAUGGCUGCAUCACAACUGGAGCAGAGGCCAGCGCAAUUUGGUGCAUCCUGGUCUAGCUCAAAGACUAUUUAUGUAGUGAGGGCAAACAUUGAUAAUCCCUUCAAGCUUUUUAUGAAAUGUCCUCUUUUAUAAACAUGGCACUUAGAGAAUGAAGGAGGAAUGUUUGCUUUUUUUUUUUUUUUUUUAGUUGGCCCCCUUUUUUGUGACUUCUUUCUGUGGGCAUCUGUUGAAUACCUUGUGAUUAGUCACUAUCGGAUUUUGAACUUGGUCCAUCAUCCUGGCUUUGAAAUUUGGCAAUGGGAUCUGAGGUUUCUAUAGCCUUCUAGCAAGUCAUAUUUAGUUACCUAUUUCCACCCUUACCUCAUCAGCACUUAAGCUGAUCCGCUUUACACAUCUAAGGUGCUGCUGCUGUUUCCAGUUUUUGCGUGCUCUGUGUUUUAAAUCUUAAGACUCUAUUGGGUCACCAGAAUUAAGUGUGAUGGGUGAGCCUGAAUGAUGAAAGCAGUGGAGAGGAGAGUCUUCAUGGGUGAAGUAGUGAAGAAGGUGAUUUGGAAAGACUAGUUAAAUUUUAGAGGGGUCUGUCUUAAGGUAGCACAGCAAGCACAGUUGUUUGGAGAAUAUGCCCUAUACCAUCUCCUAAAAUCAUGAACAGGAGGAACACUCAAAGUAACAAUUUAGUUGUGUAAACUGGAGGAAGAAAAUUGGGCGGCAAACAGAGGUGAGGGAGGGGUCAACAAUGCCACCAGAAGGCCCCUUUCCUUUGGAUAAAAGGAUACUAAACCUAAAGUAGUAAAAACAUGUGAGAGAGGAUCAAAGAGAGAAACAGAAAAGGUGGAAAUGAUUUAUUUCAAUUUGACAGCAGUCAGCCUGGAGUGAGAGACUGCCUGACCAGAUGCCAAGAGAACUGGACUUCUUGGUCCAGCCACCUAGGAAGGUUCCCAAAUUUCAGCCAAUGAAAAUACAGGAAGGGAAUUGCUACGUUGGGAUUUGUCCUUUUGGCAUGUAGACUAUAUUCUGUAAUUAAAGAUGAUCAUCUUUCCUGCCUAGUUCAAUGUCUCCCCCUCCCCUCCUCCCCCCCCCCCCAUGGUUGACAUGGUCUAAAAUUUGCAAGGAGCUGUGUUCUAGUUUGUUGAUGAUUCACAGUUAAGGGGUGACAUGGAACCCUAGUUUCAAUUCAUGACAUGCAAAUAAAGGAAUACAUUAUUUUUGUAUUUUGUCUUAGGUUGUAUUUGUUACCUAUAAUUUUGCAUUUUAAUUUUUUUAUUAUUCAAAAAGCAUUAGUUUACCCCUUACAUCGUUGGCAUCUCUGGUUGGUUGCUCUGUCUUAAAAUAUUUUGGGCAAUUAGAGUAUGGUGCUUUUUUUCUUCACAUGAAACCCUUGCUUAACUUUUUUUGUCGUGUCCCCUAUUUCAGGAAAUAUCAAACUCUUUCCUAGUGAAGGAACAGUAAAUAUUUUGCUUUGUUUGAAUGAACACAUUAUUGUAAAUACUUUUUAAGAGCAUUUGUACAUUUUGUCAAUCUGGGUUACCAAUGCACGCUGCGGGGUGGGAAGAGUUGUGCCAUUCUGGAUUAAGGGAGCCUCUCAGACUUUCUACUUUCAUUUUACAACCAAUUUCUAUCCCAGAGAAUCUUCUCUGAAAGUUGGGAAGUUAGGGGAAUGGAGGUUGUUGGUCUGGCAUCUUGUAUCUGAGUAAUUAGCCCCAGUGUUUGUUUUCUUUAAGAACUUAUACAACUCUUCACAAAACAUCUAGAACUUCUUCCAGAUAGCCCCUCCCCCAAAUAAAUUCUCUGAGCCAUAGUUGUAGAAGGUGUAUAAAGACCUAUGCAUUUGUGCUACAUAGAGAGUUCUUGUAGGUAAGUUUUAUACAGUGGUGUGAAAGCCUGGGUGUUAGUGUCAUACCUUUUCUUUGUUUUGGUUUUCCUGUAUUCAGUGACACACUUCUGAAGGCCUUUAUUUGCUCAGUGAGAUUGAAGAUCUCAGCACCAUGUUACAAAAAGAUUCGAAGCUCUUUUUACAAAUAAAUUAUAAAACUGGAGAUGCUGUGAGAUAAGUGGAUGUGAGAACUCUAGCUUGCGUAUUGGCUAGAUUUGGACAUAAAUUCCAGAUUGGGAGCACAGUACAGUAGGACAGAUCAGGAUAAAAGAAAUAAUGAUGGGUAUGAGGAGAACUUGAUGCUUGGUCAGUUGACCCCUAAAGCACUGGAGCAUUGAACCUAUCAAAACCAGUUUUAUACAAGUGUAGAAUGGGGUGUGGGAAAUGAUCCCUAAGUGAUGCUAAAUAGUUUUUCAAAGGCUUUUGCAUGUUAAAAAGUCAAUUUCUUACUUUGUGAAUGGGGGGGCGGGGUAUUGAGAUUUGUGUAACGUAAGGCAACGUUUGUAAAUAGUUCAAAAGUUUAUAAUUUUUUUUAUAUGACGCAUUUUUUUCAAGUGUAUUUUGUCUUUAAUAGAUGCAAUUGUAAGUACUGUGUACACUAUCCAGCGAAUAAAAAAUUUAUAAACUCUGA